AUGGAUAAAAGAAGUUGGCCCUGGAAGAGAAAAUCAUCUGAUAAGCAACUGGCUGAGAAAGCACCAAUCCCUUCUACUGCCUCAUCAGAUGGAGCUGCAACUCAGGCUGAUCAGACCAAACAGGAUAAUAAAAAACCAAAGUAUGUUCAAAUUUCAAUGGAAUCAUAUGCACAUCUUACUGGAUUGGAGGAUCAAGUGAAGUCCUACGAUGAACAAGUAAAGUCCUACGAUGAACAAGUGAAGAUCUUGGAGGGUGAAAUACAGGAUCUAAAUGAAAAACUAUCCGCAGCCCAUUCAGAAAUGACCGACAAAGAAAACCUGGUGAAACAACAUGCUAAAGUUGCGGAAGAGGCUGUAUCAGGUUGGGAAAAGGCUGAAUCAGAAGCUGCAGAACUGAAAAAUCACCUGGAAUCAGUCACUCUGUUAAAGCUUACUGCUGAAGAUCGGGCAUCACACUUGGAUGGCGCUCUCAAGGAAUGCAUGAGACAGAUACGACUACUGAAGGAAGAACAUGAUCAAGCAUUGCAAGAACUUGUUCUUAACAAAACAAAACAGUUUGACAAGAUGAAGCUCGAGCUUGAAGCAAGAAUAGCUGAUUUCGAGCAAGAAUUACUCAGGUCUAAUGCUGAAAAUUCCACACUAUCAAGGUCUUUGCAAGAGCGCUCUAAUAUGCUGAUCAAGCUAAGUGAAGAAAAAUCACUAGCAGAGGAAGAGAUCGAAUGUUUGAAAAGUGAUAUUGAAUCCUGCGAGAAGGAAAUAAAUUCACUCAAAUAUGAACUCCAUAUUGCUAGGAAAGAGGCUGAAAUUUAUAAUGAGGAAAAGAACAUGAGUGUGCGGUCAGCAGAAGUAGCAAACAAGCACCACCUAGAAGGAGUAAAGAAAAUUGCUAAGCUUGAAGCUGAGUGUCAAAGGUUACGAGGACUAGUUCGUAAGAAAUUACCUGGUCCUGCUGCACUAGCCCAAAUGAAGCUUGAAGUUGAGAAUUUGGGCAGGGAUUAUGGAGAAUCUCGUUUAAAAAGGUCUCCAGUAAAGCCUUCUACUCCUCAUUUGUCCCAGAUGCCUGAAUUUUCGCCUGACAACAUGCAAAAGUACCAGAAAGAGAAUGAGCUACUUACAGAACGUCUAUUAGCAAUGGAAGAAGAAACAUUGAUGUUAAAAGAAGCAUUAGCAAAGCGUAAUGGUGAACUGCAAACCUCUAGGAGUACAUGUGCGAAGACAGCCAGCAAGCUUCAAAGUUUAGAAACACAACUGCAUGUUAAUAGUGAGCAGAGAAGUACUGCAAAACCAAAAGAUCAGAUCCCAAUUGCAGGUUUAUACACUCAAGACACUAGCAAUCCUCCAAGCUUCACAACCAUCUCUGAAAAUGGAAAUGAUGAUGCUGUGAGUUGUGCUGGAUCAUGGGCUACAUCAUUGAUGUCUGAUCUCUCUCAUUUCAAGAAGGAAAAGAAUGUCAAUGAUUUACAGAAGUCUCAAAAUGCAAAUAAUGUAGGCCUCAUGGAUGACUUCCUGGAGAUGGAGAAAUUAGCUUAUAAUGAUUCAUGUGAAGCAGUUUCAACUUCAGAUAUAUCAGUUAAUGAAGGCAAUGCAGAACCUGAGAUUGUGAACCAUGACACUUCAACUGAAAUCACCUCAGGCACAGAUUCCCAUUCUAGGGAGCAUCGUGAUUCAGAAGCUCAGCUGCAAACUGACCUACCCAUCAUUAUGAAGCUGAAAUCAAGAAUUUCGAUGGUACUUGAGUCCAUGUCCGAGAACGACAUGGAAAAAGUUUUACUGGACAUUAAACGUGUUGUACAGGAUAUGCAUGAUACUCUGCAUCACCAGGCAGCAAAUUGUGUUGUGGAGGCAACUCUUUCUGACACUGUAGUUGACAGCCAGACUUGUGCUGAGGAUGCUGAGAUAACUGUAGAAAAGGAGAAGUCAUUGUCUGGAGAUGGUAAACCAUGUAUUGAAACUGCAAAUACCAUUAACCACGAAUUAGAAGUUGCCAUUUCUCAGAUAUUCAACUUUGUAAUGAUUCUCGAUAAAGAGGCUAAGACCAUACAGAGAACAUCUCCUGAUGGAGAUGGAGUGAACCGAAAACUAGAUACGUUCUCUGCCAAAUAUAAUGAAGUUAUAAACAAGAGGACAGAUCUGAUUGAUUUUGUUCUUGAUCUUUCUCAUGUAUUAAGAGAAGCAAGUGAGCUUCACUUUAAUGUACUAGGAUAUAAAAAUUCAGAAAUUGAAACAGGCAGUUCUGAUUGUAUAGACAAGAUCGCCUUACCAGAGAACAAGGGCGUUGUGGAGUUAUCUGGAGAAAGAUAUCCAAAUGGCUGUGCUCACUUUUCUGACCCCAAUUCUGACCCCGACUUCCUUAAUGAUGGGAUUCUUGUUCCAACCUCUGAUUCUACAGCUACUUCAUGGAAAUGCUCUUUGCAGGAGUUUGAACAAUUGAAAUUGGAGAAGGACAAUAUGGCAACAGAUCUUGCUACAUGUACUGAAAGCUUGGAAAGCACCAAGUCUCAGUUGUUUGAAACAGAACAGCUUCUGGCAGAGGUGAAGUCACAAUUAACAUCAGCUCAGAAGUCCAAUAGCUUGGCUGAGACACAGCUCAAAUGCAUGGCUGAGUCCUACAAAUCACUUGAAACUCGGGCAGAGGAGUUACAAACUGAAAUAAAUCUCCUCCAUGGAAAAAUAGAAAGUCUUGAUAAUGAUCUACAGGAGGAGAGAAGAAAUCAUCAAGAUGCCUUGACCAGAUGUAAAGAUCUCCAGGAGCAGCUGCAAAGGAUUGAGAAUUGUUCAACAGCUGAUAAUGAUGCCAAGACUAACCAGGAGAAAGAGUUGGCAGCUGCAGCAGAAAAACUAGCAGAGUGUCAAGAAACCAUAUUUCUUCUGGGUAAGCAGUUGAAAACUUUGCGUCCUCAAUCAGAAUCUGUAGCUUCACCACGUAAUGUAAGGAGUGGGAAGGGUGAAGACCUCAAUGAGGAAGAACCAACCAUAAGUGGCACAAAUUUGCAAGAUACCGAUCGAGUCGAGAUAGAUACCGGUUCUUCUACCAAUUUACAGAGGGCAGGCUCCGAGUCUCCCCUAGAUCUGCAUAAUUCCAUGUUUAGUCCAUCGGACACUGAAGCAAACAAUCUAUUGAGAUCACCAGUCAGUUCAAAGCCUCCGAAACAUCGGCCCACAAUGUCAGGCUCAUCUUCUUCUUCAUCUACCCCCACCCCAGAGAAACAUUCUCGGGGAUUUAGCAGAUUUUUUUCCUCAAAAGGGAAUAAUGGCUACUGA